UCGGUUGUUAGGUGCCGUCGCGCUCACAGCUCUAUUCGCAUUUGGAGGAUACUACAUUUACUUUCUUUUCACCAUGGACCGUGACCCAGAAGGCCAUCAUUUCAUGUCCCUGAGACUUUCCAGAGUUCUGAGGGACAUCGGCGUCACCAGACAGAUGGUGACUCGGAGGAGGAGGACAUUCCUGUUUGCGGAGAAGGUUUCAACUGUAAAUAGACUUAUAAGAUGUGAUGCAAAGUAUAACGCGUUUGUUUUUGGUAGCCAAUCGGAAGGAACAACAACUCUAGGCAUGAAUUCAGAUAUUGAUACUUUUGCAUGGGAAAAACAUUUUAAUGUGAUAAAAUAUUGGUCAGAAUGGGAGCAAGGGGAGACGAAUCUUUUGAUAAUAAAGAACGAUUGUUCUCCGCCCCAACACUGCUGUUUACAGAUGGUGAGACAUGACUGUCCUUUGCCCGUCACACGGGAGAUGGCGACAGCAAAUUUGGAUAUGGCGGAGACAAUGGAUGGCAUGGUGCUACUGAAAAACACUUGGUUGGAUAAUCCAAUGGAGCAGAUAUUUGGUCGGUUAUUUAGGAAACAAGGGCCCUCAAGAAGUGCUUUGAAAUAUUUAGACGUAAUAGUCGCGUUAAAAUACAGCGGACUGUUGUUUGAAUGCAAUUUCCUAUUCACAAGACCAAAGCCUGGUCACUGGCCGAGACCUGAAAUACUCGCGCAGGCACGUCAGUGUGAAACCUUCCUCGUUCCACAAGGACACGCUGAGAGUGAUCAAUCACAACUGGAAUGGAGGUUUUCUACGUCAAUGAUUGAAAGACUGCUCAUGUUUGAUCUUAAUAUUUUGAAAAUACAGGUUUAUAUAUUUCUUAAAAUCUUACGAACGUCUUUUUUCAAACCGUUAGUUGGUGAUAGACUUAGCACGUUUCAUUUCAAAACAGCUCUAUUGUUCACCCUAGAGACAUAUCCACCAGAGAUCUGGCAGGAGCGUAACCUGCUGCAGUGUGUUAUAUACUGCCUGAAAACUCUUCAACGAUGGUUCAACCUUCGGCACUGUCCACAUUACACGAUCUCGGGAGUGGACCUGUUUGUAGGAAAACUGAGAAAAUGGGAAUUUCCUCUCCUGUCAGCCGUUCUGUCUGACAUGAUAGACAACAUCAUGGACUAUGUCUCCCAGAUAGAAAUGGACCAAAUAGGGGUGAGGAUUGGUAACCUAUGCAGAUCAGUCAGUACAGGAUAUCAGAACUCAUUAGCUACAGUGAGGUUCUGCUUUGAUUGGACUUUAAACGAUAUAUUCGAAUUGUAUUGGAGAUGCACGAUUGAAAGAAUUGACAUUUCUAAAACAAGGAGCAUUCUCAUAAAGGUUCGUGAGAUUCUUUAUGACUCCUAUAUAUGGGAAGAAUUACAGCAUGCACAGACGUUCCUAUACCAAUAUCUUGCCUCCGUGACAGCAUCUAGGUGUCUUCGCCUGAAAAAUCGAAUACCAUCAGACGUUUACCGCCUGUACGAGGUCUCUCUAGACUCAGAUCUCACCUCCAGCAGAUUGAAGUUUGCAUCUAUGAUGUACUGCAGUGGUCAGUAUGAGAGGGCUAAACAGGUGUUGGUCUACACGGAGGCGCUGAUGCAUGCCGAUGUGUGGCAGUACGGUCGGUUUUCAGGAAGGUCUCAACAUAAGCCUACUGAGAGGUUUAUUCAAAAGGUUUUUGAGCUGCCUGUUUCGGAAGUUAUAAAACGGCAUGUUGCAUGCUCCGUUGUUUUUAAUUCAUUAGAAAUAUGUUGUGUACCUGGGUUCCUAGUAUACGAGAUGCAUAGAACGAUUCGCCCUGAAGAUUUUCACCACAGACGUAAAUCAUUCGAUGAUUGGAUGGACGUUGUAGUCAUUGACUCCAAACCCUUUAUGUUCUACCUGCAGUACCUCACGUUCAGACAACUGGGAGAAGAGAGAAGACUGGAAGCACUCGAUAAGCUACACAACUACGUUUGUGUUGAGAGUAGAGGGUGUGGUUAUAUAGAUACAGCCCUGAAUGUACUUGGUCACUGCUAUGAACUAGAGAACCGGUAUGAACUUGCAUGGACAGGCUACAGAAAAUCCCUCGGGCUCCUUCCUUACAACAACGCAGCUAGCUGGCAUAUAGCCUUGGCAUGUUACAGAGAAUUUCUAAAAGAAUUUCCAUACAAAAACGCAGCAAUAUGGCAUUUAGCCUUGACUACUAGUAUUUGAAGUCUGUUUUUGGUGCCCUCGAGGCCAUGAAAGUGUUUCCGUUAUAAGGUUCGACCCAGCUUCUUCUCUGAUGAGAAUUUGUCAUAGUGUCAAUAGACAACUGGUACCAUGUGUUUUUAUUUCAUAAAUCAAUGAAUUAACGUUAAGUGAUUGAUGAAGAAGAAACAGUUAAACCAUCUGGUUACAUAACAUGCUUUGUUGAAAUAUAAAGACAUCUUAUUUAAACAGUGUUUAAAGGAUUUCGUGUACCCAUGCAUAUGUCAGCUUUAUUAAUAAAAGAACUCAUUAAUCUCA